AUGAAGAGUGACAGAAGUGACUCUAGUACCACUAUGAAGAGUGACACAUCUGACUCUAGUACCACUAUGCCAAGUGACUCUAGUACCACUAUGCUGACUGAGACAACUGACUCUAGUACCACUAUGAAGAGUAACACAUCUGACUCUAGUACCACUAUGCCAAGUAACUCUAGUACCACUAUACUGAGUGAGACAUCUGACUCUAGUAUCACUAUGCCAAGUGACUCUAGUACCACUAUGCUGAGUGAGACAACUGGAUCUAGUACCACUAUUCAGAGGGACACUACUGACUCUAGUACUACUAUGAAGAGUGACAGAAGUGACUCUAGUACCACUAUGAAGAAUGACACAUCUGGCUCUAGUACCACUAUGCUGAGAGACUCUAACACCACUAUACUAAGUGAGACAACUAACUCUAGUAUCACUAUGCCAAGUGACUCUAUUACCACUAUACUGAGUGAGACAACUGUCUCUAGUACCACUAUGCCGAGUGUCUCUAGUGCCGCUAUGCUGAGUGACACAUCUGACUCUAGUACCACUAUGCCGAGUGACUCUAGUACCACUCUACGGUGGGAGACAACUGACUCUAGCACCACUAUGCAGAGGGACACAAGUGACUCUGGUACCACUAUGUCGAGUGACAAAACUGACACUAGUAACACUAUGCUGAGUAACACAACUGACACUAGUGCCUCUAUGCCGAGUGUCUCUAGUGCCACUAUGCUGAGUAAGACACCUGACUCUAGUACCACUAUGCCAAGUGACUCUAGUACCACUAUGAAGAGUGACACAAGUGGCUCUAGUACCACUAUGCCAAGUGACUCUAGUACCACUAUGCUGACUGAGACAACUGACUCUAGUACCACUAUGAAGAGUAACACAUCUGACUCUAGUACCACUAUGCCAAGUAACUCUAGUACCACUAUACUGAGUGAGACAUCUGACUCUAGUAUCACUAUGCCAAGUGACUCUAGUACCACUAUGCUGAGUGAGACAACUGGAUCUAGUACCACUAUUCAGAGGGACACUACUGACUCUAGUACUACUAUGAAGAGUGACAGAAGUGACUCUAGUACCACUAUGAAGAGUGACACAUCUGACUCUAGUACCACUAUGCCAAGUGACUCUAGUACCACUAUGCUGACUGAGACAACUGACUCUAGUACCACUAUGAAGAGUAACACAUCUGACUCUAGUACCACUAUGCCAAGUAACUCUAGUACCACUAUACUGAGUGAGACAUCUGACUCUAGUAUCACUAUGCCAAGUGACUCUAGUACCACUAUGCUGAGUGAGACAACUGGAUCUAGUACCACUAUUCAGAGGGACACUACUGACUCUAGUACUACUAUGAAGAGUGACAGAAGUGACUCUAGUACCACUAUGAAGAAUGACACAUCUGGCUCUAGUACCACUAUGCUGAGAGACUCUAACACCACUAUACUAAGUGAGACAACUAACUCUAGUAUCACUAUGCCAAGUGACUCUAUUACCACUAUACUGAGUGAGACAACUGUCUCUAGUACCACUAUGCCGAGUGUCUCUAGUGCCGCUAUGCUGAGUGACACAUCUGACUCUAGUACCACUAUGCCGAGUGACUCUAGUACCACUCUACGGUGGGAGACAACUGACUCUAGCACCACUAUGCAGAGGGACACAAGUGACUCUGGUACCACUAUGUCGAGUGACAAAACUGACACUAGUAACACUAUGCUGAGUAACACAACUGACACUAGUGCCUCUAUGCCGAGUGUCUCUAGUGCCACUAUGCUGAGUAAGACACCUGACUCUAGUACCACUAUGCCAAGUGACUCUAGUACCACUAUGAAGAGUGAGACAACUGACUCUAGUACCACUAUGCCAAGUGACUCUAGUACCACUAUACUGAGUGAGACAACUGACUUUAGUACCACUAUGCCAAGUGACUCUAGUACCACUAUGAAGAGUGAAACAAGUGACUCUAGUACCACUAUGCCGAGUGACACAAGUGACUCUAGUACCACUAUGAAGAGUGACACAUCUGACUCUAGUACCACUAGGCCAAUUGACUCUAGUACCACUAUGAAGAGUGACACAUCUGACUCUAGUGCCACUAUGAAGAGUGACACAUCUGACUCUAGUACCACUAUGCUGAGUGACUCUAGUACCACUAUGACGAGUGAGACAACUAACUCUAGUAUCACUAUGCCAAGUGACUCUAUAAUCACUAUACUGAGUGAGACAACUGUCUCUAGUACCACUAUGCCGAGUGUCUUUAGUACCACUAUGAAGAGUGAGACAACUGACUCUAGUACCACUAUGCCAAGUGACUCUAGUACCACUAUGAAGAGUGAAACAAGUGACUCUAGUAUUACUAUGAAGAGUGACACAUCUGACUCUAGUACCAUUAUGAAGAGUGACACAUCUGACUCUAGUACCACUAUGCUGAGUGACACAAGUGACUUUAGUACCACUAUGAAGAUUGACACAUCUGACUCUAGUACCACUAUGCCAAGUGACUCUAGUACCACUAUGCUGAGUGAGACAACUGACUCUAGUACCACUAUGCCAAGUGACUCUAGUACCACUAUGAAGAUUGACACAUCUGACUCUAGUACCACUAUGCUGAGAGACUCUAACACCACUAUACUAAGUGAGACAACUAACUCUAGUAUCACUAUGCCAAGUGACUCUAUUACCACUAUACUGAGUGAGACAACUGUCUCUAGCACCACUAUGCCGAGUGUCUCUAGUGCCGCUAUGCUGAGUGAGACAACUGACUCUAGUACCACUAUGCCAAGUGACUCUAGUACUAUUAUGCUGAGUGACACAUCUGACUCUAGUACCACUAUACGGUGGGAGACAACUGACUCUAGCACCACUAUGCAGAGGGACACAAGUGACUCUGGUACCACUAUGUCGAGUGACAAAACUGACACUAGUAACACUAUGCUGAGUAACACAACUGACACUAGUGCCACUAUGCCGAGUGUCUCUAGUACCACUAUGCUGAGUAAGACAACUGACUUUAGUACGACUAUGCCAAGUGACUCUAGUACCACUAUGAAGAGUGAGACAACUGACUCUAGUACCACUAUGAAGAGUGACACAUCUGACUCUAGUACCACUAUGCCGAUUGACUCUAGUACCACUAUACGGUGGGAGACAACUGACUCUAGCACCACCAUGCAGAGCGACACAAGUGACUCUGGUACCACUAUGUCGAGUGACAAAACUGACACUAGUACCACUAUGCUGAGUGAUACAACUGACACUAUUGCCAUUAUGCCAAGUGACUCUAGUACCAAUAUGCUGAGUAAGACAACUAACUCUAGUACCACUAUGCCAAGUGACUCUAUUACCACCAUACUGAGUGAGACAACUGACUCUAGUACCACUAUGCCGAGUGUCUCUAGUGCCGCUAUGCUGCGUGAGACAACUGACUCUAGCACCACUAUGCCGAGUGUCUCUAGUGCCACUAUGCUGAGUGAGACAACUGACUCUACCACCACUAUGCCAAGUGACUCUAGUACCACAAUGAAAAGUGAGACAACUGACUCUAGUACCACUAUGCCAAGUGACUCUAGUACCACUAUACUGAGUGAGACAACUGACUCUAGUACCACUAUGCCAAGUGACUCUAGUACCACUAUGAAGAGUGAAACAAGUGACUCUAGUACCACUAUGAAGAGUGGCACAUCAGACUCUAGUACCACUAUGCCGAGUGACACAAGUGACUCUAGUACCACUAUGCCAAGUGACUCUAGUACCACUAUGAAGAGUGAAACAAGUGACUCUAGUACCACUAUGAAGAGUGGCACAUCAGACUCUAGUACCACUAUGCCGAGUGACACAAGUGACUCUAGUACGACUAUGAAGAGUGACACAUCUGACUCUAGUACCACUAUGCCAAGUGACUCUAGUACCACUAUGAAGAGUGAAACAAGUGACUCUAGUACCACUAUGAAGAGUGGCACAUCAGACUCUAGUACCACUAUGCCGAGUGACACAAGUGACUCUAGUACCACUAUGAAGAGUGACACAUCUGACUCUAGUACCACUAUGCCAAGUGACUCUAGUACCACUAUACUGAGUGAGACAACUGACUUUAGUACCACUAUGCCAAGUGACUCUAGUAUCACUAUGAAGAGUGAAACAAGUGACUCUAGUACCACUAUGCUGAGUGACACAAGUGAUUCUAGUACCACUAUGAAGAGUGACACAUCUGACUCUAGUACCACUAUGGAGAGUGACAUAUCUGACUCUAGUACCACUAUGCCGAGUGACUCUAGUACCACUAUGAAGAGUGCAACAAGUGACUCUAGUACCACUAUGAAGAGUAACACGUCCGACUCUAGUACCACUAUGCCGAGUGACUCUAGUACCACUGUGCUGUGGAAGACAACUGACUCUAGUACCACAAUGCUGAGUGACACAUCUGACUCUAGUACCACUAUGCCAAGUGACACUAGUACAACUAUGAAGAGUGACACAUCUGACUCUAGUACCACUGUGAAGAGUGACACAUCUGAUUCUAGUACCACUAUGAAGAGUGACACAUCUGAUUCUAGUACCACUAUGAAGAGUGACACAUCUGACUCUAGUACCACUAUGCCGACUGAAAACGGAACCAGUGUGCUAUCUGCUUCUACGGCUGAAACUGGAACCAGUGUACUAUCUGCUACUACGGCUGAAACCGGAACCAGUGUAUUAUCUACUACAGCUGAAACCGGAACCAGUGUACUAUCUGCUACUACAGCUGAAAAUGGAACCAGUGUGCUAUCUGCUUCUACGGCUGAAACUGGAACCAGUGUACUAUCUGCUACUACGGCUGAAACCGGAACCAGUGUACUAUCUGCUACUACGGCUGAAACCGGAACCAGUGUGCUAUCGGCUACUACAGCUGAAACCGGAACCAGUGUACUAUCUGCUACUACGGCUGAAACUGGAAUCAGUGUGCUAUCUGCUACUACGGUUGAAACCGGAACCAGUGUACUAUCUGCUACUACAGCUGAAACCGGAACCAGACAAAUGAGCACCAGUGUACCACCUACUACCACAGGACAACCCAGUACCAGUGCACCACCUACUACAACAGGACAACCCAGUACCAGUGUACCACCUACUACAACAGGACAAACCAGUAACAGUGUACCACUUACUCCAACAGGACAAACCAGUACCAGUGCACCACCUACUUCAACAGGACAACCCAGUACCAGUGCACCACCUACUACAACAGAACAAACCAGUAACAGUGUACCACCUACUUCAACAGGACAACCCAGUACCAGUGCACCACCUACUACAACAGAACAAACCAGUAACAGUGUACCACCUACUACCACAGGACAGACCAGUACCAGUGUACAACCUACUACCACAGGACAAACCAGUAACAGUGUACCACCUACUACCACAGGACAGACAAGUACCAGUGUACAACCUACUACCACAGGGCAAAUCAGUAACAGUGUACCACCUACUACCACCACAGGAGAGACCAGUACCAGUGUACCACCCACUGCCACAGGAGAGACCAGUACCAGUGUUCCACCUACUACCACAGGACAGACCAGUACCAGUGUUCCACCUAUUUCCACAGGAGAGACCAGUACCAGUGUUCCACCUACUUCCACAGGAGAGACCAAUACCAGUGUACAACCCACUGCCACAGGAGAGACCAGUACCAGUGUUCCAACUACUACCACAGGACAGACCAGUACCAGUGUACCACCUACUACCACAGGACAAACCAGUAACAGUGUACCACCUACCACCACAGGACAAACCAGUAACAGUGUACCACCUACUUCCACAGGAGAGACCAGUAGCAGUGUACCACCCACUGCCACAGGAGAGACCAGUACCAGUGUUCCACCUACUACCACAGGACAGGCCAGUACCAGUGUACCACCUACUACCACAGGACAAACCAGUAACAUUGUACCACCUACAACCACAGGACAGACAAGUAGCAGUGUACAACCUACUGCCACAGGACAAACCAGUAACAGUGUACCAUCUACUUCCACAGGAGAGACCAGUACCAGUGUACCACCCACUGCCACAGGAGAGACCAGUACCAGUGUUCCACCUACUACCACAGGACAGGCCAGUACCAGUGUACCACCUACUACCACAGGACAAACCAGUAACAUUGUACCACCUACUACCACAGGACAGACAAGUAGCAGUGUACAACCUACUGCCACAGGACAAACCAGUAACAGUGUACCAUCUAUUUCCACAGGAGAGACCAGUACCAGUAUACCACCCACUACCACAGGAGAGAUCAGUACCAGUGUACCACCUACUACCACAGGACAAGCCAGUAACAGUUCACCACCUAUUCCCACAGGAGAGACCAUUACCAGUGUACCCCCUACUACCACAGGACAGACCAGUGCCAGUGUACCACCUACUACCACAGGACCAACCAGUAACAGUGUACCACCUACUUCCACAGGAGAGACCAGUACCAGUGUACCACCUACUACCACAGGAGAGACCAGUACCAGUGUACCACCUACUACCACAGGAGAGACUAGUACCAGUGCACCACCUACUUCCACAGGAGAGACCAGUACCACUACACCACCUACUACCACAGGACAAACCAGUACCAGUGCACCACCUACUACCACAGGACAAACCAGUACCAGUGUACCACCUACUACCACAGGACAAACCAGUACCAGUGUACCACCUAUUACCACAGGACAAACCAGUAACAGUGCGCCACCUACUCCCACAGGAGAGACCAGUAAAAGUGUACCACCCUCUACCACAGGAGAGACCAGUACCAGUGUACCACCUACUACCACAGGACAAACCAGUACCAGUGCACCACCUACUUCCACAGGACAAACCAGUACCAGUCUACCACCUACUACCACAGGACCAACCAGUACCAGUGUACCACCUACUACCACAGGACCAACCAGUACCAGUCUACCACCUACUACCACAGGACAAACCAGUACCAGUCUACCACCUACUACCACAGGACCAACCAGUACCAGUGUACCACCUACUACCACAGGACAGACCAGUACCAGUCUACCACCUACUUCCACAGGACAAACCAGUACCAGUCUACCACCUACUACCACAGGACCAACCAGUACCAGUGUACCACCUACUACCACAGGACAAACCAGUACCAGUGUACCACCUACUCCCACAGGACAAACCAGUACCAGUAUACAACCUACUACCACAGGACAAACCAGUACCAGUGUACCACCUACUCCCACAGGACAAACCAGUACCAGUAUACAACCUACUACCACAGGACAAACCAGUACCAGUGUACCACCUACUCCCACAGGACAAACCAGUACCAGUAUACAACCUACUACCACAGGACAAACCAGUACUAGUGUACAAUCUGCUAUUACAGCUGAAACCACAAACAGCAUGCAAUAUUCUACCACAGCUGAAACUAAAACCACUAUGCCAACUGCUACCAUGGCACAAACCACAACCAGUGUGCCCUCAGCUACCACAGCUGAAAGAAGUAUCAUUGUACUAUCUAUCCCCCAAACUGAAACCAUACCCAGUGUGCCAUCUGCUACCACAGGACAAACCAAAACAAGUUUACUACGCACAGGACAAACCAGUACCAGUGUAUCACCUACUACCACAGGACCUACCAGUACAAGUACACCACCUACUACCACAGGACCUACCAGUACAAGUACACCACCUACUACCACAGGAGAGACCAGUACGAGUAUACCACCCACUACCACAGGAGAGACCAGUAAUAGUGCACCAUCUACUACCACAGGACAAACCAGUACCAGUGUACCACCUACUACCACCGGACAAACCAGUACCAGUGUACCACCUACUACCACAGGACAAACCAGUACCAGUGUACCACCUACUACCACAGGACCUACCAGUACAAGUACACCACCUACUACCACAGGAGAGACCAGUACGAGUAUACCACCCACUACCACAGGACAAACCAGUACCAGUGUACCACCUACUACCACAGGACAAACCAGUACCAGUCUACCUCCUACUACCACAGGACAAACCAGUACCAGUGUAUCACCUACUACCACAGGACAAACCAGUACAAGUACACCACCUACUACCACAGGACAAACCAGUACCAGUGUAUCACCAACUACCACAGGACAAACCAGUACCAGUCUACCACCUACUACCACAGGACCAACCAGUACCAGUUUACCACCUACUACCACAGGACCUACCAGUACAAGUACACCACCUACUACCACAGGACACACCAGUACCAGUGUAUCACCUACUCCCACAGGACAAACCAGUAACAGUGUACCACCUACUACCACAGGACCUACCAGUACAAGUACACCACCUACUACCACAGGAGAGACCAGUACGAGUAUACCACCCACUACCACAGGAGAGACCAGUACCAGUGUAUCACCUACUACCACAGGACAAACCAGUACCAGUGUAUCACCUACUACCACAGGACAAACCAGUACCAGUGUACCACCUACUACCACAGGACAAACCAGUACCAGUGUAUCACCUACUACCACAGGACCUACCAGUACAAGUACACCACCUACUACCACAGGAGAGACCAGUACGAGUAUACCACCCACUACCACAGGAGAGACCAGUAAUAGUGCACCACCUACUACCACAGGACAAACCAGUACCAGUGUAUCACCUACUACCACAGGACAAACCAGUACCAGUGUACCACCUACUACCACAGGACAAACCAGUACCCGUGAACCAACUACUUCCACAGGACAAACCAGUACCAGUGCACCACCUACUACCACCGGACAAACCAGUACCAGUGUACCAUCUACUUCCACAGGAGAGACCAGUACCAGUGUAUCACCUACUACCACAGGACCUACCAGUACAAGUACACCACCUACUACUACAGGAGAGACCAGUAAUAGUGCACCAUCUACUACCACAGGACAAACCAGUAACAGUGUACCAUCUACUACCACAGGACAAACCAGUACCAGUCUACCACCUACUACCACAGGACCAACCAGUACCAGUGUACCACCUACUACCACAGGACCAACCAGUACCAGUGUACCACCUACUACCACAGGACCUACCAGUACAAGUACACCACCUACUACUACAGGAGAGACCAGUACGAGUAUUCCACCCACUACCGCAGGAGAGACCAGUAAUAGUGCACCAUCUACUACCACAGGACAAACCAGUACCAGUGUACCACCUACUACCACAGGACCAACCAGUACCCAUGAACCAACUACUUCGACAGGACAAACCAGUACCAGUGCACCACCUACUACCACAGAACCUACCAGUACAAGUACACCACCUACUACCACAGGACCAACCAGUACCAGUGUACCACCUACUACCACAGGACCAACCAGUACCAGUGUACCACCUACUACCACAGGACCUACCAGUACCAGUCUACCACCUACUACCACAGGACAAACCAGUACCAGUCUACCACCCACUACCGCAGGAGAGACCAGUAAUAGUGCACCACCUACUACCACAGGACAAACCAGUACCCAUGAACCAACUACUUCGACAGGACAAACCAGUACCAGUGCACCACCUACUACCACAGGACCUACCAGUACAAGUACACCACCUACUACCACAGGACAAACCAGUACCAGUGUACCACCUACUACCACCAGACAAACCAGUACCAGUGUAUCACCUACUCCCACAGGACAAACCAGUACCCGUGAACCAACUACUACCACCAGACAAACCAGUACCAGUGUAUCACCUACUCCCACAGGACAAACCAGUACCCGUGAACCAACUACUACCACCAGACAAACCAGUACCAGUGUAUCACCUACUCCCACAGGACAAACCAGUACCCGUGAACCAACUACUUCCACAGGACAAACCAGUACCAGUGUACCACCUAUUAACACAGGACAAACCAGUAACAGUGCGCCACCUACUCCCACAGGAGAGACCAGUAAAAGUGUACCACCCUCUACCACAGGAGAGACCAGUACCAGUGUACCACCUACUACCACAGGACAAACCAGUACCCAUGAACCAACUACUUCGACAGGACAAACCAGUACCAGUGCACCACCUACUACCACAGGACCUACCAGUACAAGUACACCACCUACUACCACAGGACAAACCAGUACCAGUGUACCACCUACUACCACCAGACAAACCAGUACCAGUGUAUCACCUACUCCCACAGGACAAACCAGUACCCGUGAACCAACUACUACCACCAGACAAACCAGUACCAGUGUAUCACCUACUCCCACAGGACAAACCAGUACCCGUGAACCAACUACUUCCACAGGACAAACCAGUACCAGUGUACCAUCUACUACCACCGGACAAACCAGUGCUAGUGUACAAUCUGCAAGUGCAACUGAAACCACACACACUAAGCCGUAUUCUACCACAGCUGAAAGUAAAACCACUAUGCCAUCUGCUAUCAUGGCACAAACCACAACCAGUGUACCCUCAGCUACCACAGCUGAAAGAAGUAUCAUUGUACUAUCUAUCCCCCAAAUUGAAACCAUACCCAGUGUGCCAUCUGCUACCAUGGGACAAACCAAUGCAAGUUUACAACCCACUACCACAGGACAAACCAGUACCAGUGUACCACCUACUACCACAGGAGAGACCAGUACCAGUGUACCACCUACUACCACAGGAGAGACUAGUACCAGUGCACCAUCUAAUGCCACAGGAGAGACCAGUACCACUGAACCACCUACUCCCGCAGGACAAACCAGUACCAGUGUACCACCUACUACCACAGGACAAACCAGUACCAGUGUACCACCUACUACCACAGGAGAGACCAGUACCAGUGUACCACCUACUACCACAGGAGAGACUAGUACCAGUGCACCAUCUAAUGCCACAGGAGAGACCAGUACCACUGAACCACCUACUCCCACAGGACAAACCAGUACCAGUGUACCACCUACUACCACAGGACAAACCCGUACCAGUGUACCACCUACUACCACAGGAGAGACCAGUACCAGUGUACCACCUACUACCACAGGACAAACCAGUACCAGUGUACCACCUACUACCACAGGACAAACCAGUACCAGUGAACCACCACCUACUACCACAGGACAAACCAGUACCAGUGUACCAACUACUACCACAGGACAAACCAGUACCAGUGCACCACCUACUACCACAGGACAACCCAGUACCAGUGCACCUACCAUCACAGGACAAACCAGUACCAGUGUAAAACCUACUUCCACAGGACCAACCAUUACCAGUAAAUCUCCUACUACAACAGGAAAAACCAGUACCAGUGUACCAUCUGCUAUCACCGGACAAGACAGUUCUAGUGUACCACCUACUACUACAGAACAAAGCAUCACUAGUGUACCACUUACUACCACAAGACAAACAAGUACCAGAGUACCAUUUACUACCACAGGACAAACCAGUACCAGUGUACCAUUUACUACCACAGGACAAACCAGUACCAGUGUACCACCUACUACCACAGGACAAACCAGUAACAGUGUACCACCUACUACCACAGGACAAACCAGUAACAGUGUACCACCUACUACCACAGGACAAACCAGUACCAGUGUACCACCUACUACCACAGGACAAACCAGUAACAGUGUACCACCUACUACCACAGGACAAACCAGUAACAGUGUACCACCUACUACCACAGGACAAACCAGUACCAGUGCACCACCUACUACCACAGGAGAGACCAGUACCAGUGCACCACCUACUUCUACAGGACAAACCAGUACUAGUGCACCACCUACUACCACAGGACAAACCAGUACCAGUGCACCACCUACUUCUACAGGACAAAACAGUACAAGUGAACCACCACCUACCACAAGACCAACCAGUACCAUUGUAUUCCCCAAAACCAAUGUACCAUCUCUUAUCCCAACUGAAUCUACAACCACUUUACUCCCUACUUCCACAACUGAAAUCACAACCAGUGUGCCAUCUGCUACCACAGACAAAAGCAACGUCAGUGUUGUAUCUGUUAUCACAUCCAAAAUCAGGACCAUUGUAUCAUCUGCUACAGAAUCAGAAACCAUAACUACCAUGUCAUCUACGUCCACGUCUGAAACCAGUACCAGUGAGCCAAUUACUACCACUUCCCAAACCAGAACCAACACCAGAACUAUUGAUCUAUUAGCAAUUACACCAGGGACCAGAACCUCUGUGGCAACUGCCACCCCAACCAAACCCAGAGACACUGUGCCAACUACUGUUACUACAGAACCCGGUAAGAUUAUGCUAAAUGCCACUUUAUCUGACAUCGUGCCAUCUACCAAAAGAUCUGAGACGAAAACCACGGAAUCUAGAACUGCUGUGCCAUCUGCUUCCCCACUGGCCACCAGAACAAUUCCAUCAACUACCACACCAGAAGCCAGAAUCUUUGGGCCAACUACUGCCACAUCUGAUGUCAGACGCACCGCUGUAUCUUCCUCGAGACCUAAUACCAGAACCACCGUAUCACCUGACACCACUUCCAACACCAGAAACAUUGCGCCAGUUACCAGCUCGUCUGAUCUCAGCAACAAAGUGCCACCCGCUACAGGGCCUGAAAGUAUAACCAUUGUACAAUUUGCCACAUCUGAACCUAGAGACACUGUAACAACUGCUGCCAAGUCUACCACAGGCACAACGAUCACUUUACCUGGCACCAAAGACAUUUUACCGGCUGCCACAACGUCGGGAAGCAGGACGAUUGUGCCAACUGCUGCCACGUCUGCGUCCACAGCUAAUUCUACCCGUAUGCUGUCUACCGGUAUGACUGCUGGUAAAUUACCUGUCAGUACAACCACCAACCAAACCACCAAUUCUACCAGUCCAGCUCAGAGUACCGCAGCGUUACGCUCUAACACUAGUACUCACCUGAUAACCAGCACCACCAAACUCGUUACUAAUCUGGCAACACAUUCAGCCAAUCAAGUCACUGCAGGACCGAUAAACGUUACUGAAAAUGUCACCCUUAUGACGUCCAAAACCCAUUCUACAGCUAAAUCCGAAAUUAGUUCAACCGCUGGGGCCGCACCCCGCUCCAGUGACAGCACUACCCACAAAGCUUCUUCAGCGGAUGUACAAAUACCAACCGCUGGUAAGUAG